CGUGAAAUGAUGCUGAACAACAAACUGACGUCAUCAAGAAGCGACUCUCGCACCUCAAAGAACCACAACAUUCUAGAGCACAGAAGAGAAGGCCGACAGUGAAACAGUCAGCAGUCAGUCACAUAUCGUAUCAGUCUGUUCACGCCCGUGCGCCGCCGCCGCCGCCGCCGCAGCAGCAGCCGUCUACCGAGCGCAUCCGUCCGUGCAGGAGCAGACAGACAGACAGACAGACCUGGCAAUGAUGGCGGACUGCGUUGGCUUUCAGGCGCAAAUCGCCUCGAUUAUAGAGAUACUGGCCAAUUCGGCAGUGGCGGAGAUCUGCAAACUGGUGGACGAUGGUUACGCGGCACUGCGCUCCCAGAUGGACCUGGAGCGGGAGAAAAGCGAGAAGGAGAACGAUGCACUGCGGCAGAAACUGCGAGAAAUAGACGUAAAGGUGCGGAACUACGAGAGGAAGAUGAGGAGACGAAAUCAGCGGGAGGAAAUGCACGCCGUUCAUUUUAGGCCACCCGAAGAAGCUGAAGACCAUCAGCCUGUGGUGCCGCCUCUUCCUGUCGUCUCUGAAGACAAACCCUUUCAUCACAUUUCAAAGCAGGACGAAACCAAGGUGUUGCCACUGGUGAAGCAGGAAAAGGUGGAGAAAGAUGACUGCAACCUGGACCUCAAGGUGGAGGUCAAUAUCAGGGCAGAGUGUGGCCUGUCUACUGCCAUGGAACCCAGUGAGGAACCCCCCCCCUGUGAUAUUGUUCUUAACACCAGUGUUGCCAACAACACCUCCACCACCCAGCCUCCAACCUCCUCUUCCCCCAAUGAUGCCACAGUGGACCUGACCUGCAGGCCUCGGGCAAAACGUAAAGCUGCCAUACUUCUGGGCAACAGUUUGACAUCCAGCAGUGGGGGGGUCACAGCCUCUGAGGCUACUCGCAGGGACUUUGGGGGGACCUUAAUAGAUGGUGCUCUGAAGCCAGAGAUCCAGAUGGAUGAUGCUACAGAAGAUGAUCAUCCCUCUCAGCUGUCAGCCCCUGUAGCCUCCGAUGAGCCCAGCCCCGAUCGCAUCAACAGUCUGGGCCUGGACCUGGCCUGGAUGCAGGAGAGGGUCAGCCAUCUUGGUGCAGCAUACGCAGUAGCACAGCUGGGUUUGGGGAACACAGAAACUGGCCACCCCUCUGCCUCCUUCCCCUCGCAGGGUGGAGGAGACAGUCUAGAUGGCCCUCCAACCAUGCUCUUCACAGGUGGCGCUCAUGAAAUGGCUGCUUUCGCUGCCUCCUUCGACAUGGCCGCUGCCGCAGCUGCUGCUGCUGCUGUCGUGGCUGCAUCACCUCCCCCGCCUCAUCCGCCCCCUCCCACUACAGCUCCUUCUGCCAACACGACAAUCCAGAGGCGGUCUUACGGUAGCAGCGCUGCUGCUGCUCAAGAGCCCAUGGUGUGCGCUGUGUGCGGGCGUGUCUUCCCCAGCGCAGCCGCCCUGGAGCUGCACCAAAGGGUGCACACAGGGGAGAGGCCCUACACCUGUCCCCACUGUGGGAAGGGCUUUGCCCAGCCCAACAACCUGCGGGUCCACCUCCUCAUCCACACUGGAGAGAGGCGUUAUCGAUGUACACUGUGUGGGAAGAGUUUCAUCUCGUCCAGCCACCUGAAGAGGCACCGCACAGUCCACACGCAGGAGAAGCCCUACAGCUGCUCACGGUGCGGACAGUCCUUCAGCCAAAUGUGUAGCGUUCGCAGACACCGACAGCAGUCCCAGUGUGGUUUGUAGACUGACUGCUAGAGGAGGUGGGUGGCAUCUGGAACUGAUCCUCAUAUAUUUUGGGGGCUAUGACGGGUGAAUGAUUAAAAUCCUUUACAUGGAAAUUCUAGCAUCUUAUGUAAGCACGAACAAUAAGCAAGGCUGUAUCCUGUGAUGUCAUGGCACGUAGAGUUGAUAUGUAAAUCCUGUUUUUUAAGGCAAAGGACAGGAUUUUCCCUGAAGCCCUCUCAACCUUUUCCUACUCCUUGUUUUAAACUGAGAGGGGGUCACAGAGUGGUAAAAGAGUGCCUGAGACUAAAUCCAUCAAUUUGUCAUUAAAUAGUCUUGUUUGUAUCUAC